AUGAAUUUCAUUACCGAAAGAUUGGCAAAAUCGCUGGAAAUAAAACAAAAUAAAUGUUCGGUCCCAAUUGGAUCUCUAGACACCUUGACGACGACCUCUAAGCGAUACAUCACGGCCAUGAUCACUUCCACCGACGGCACAUAUGAACGGACGUUAACAUUCCUUAUUAUCCCGACCAUCUCCACAUUCAUUCCAAGUGAACCCAUCGAUCGUUCGACGUUUGAGAUACCCAGAAAUCUCAAAUUGGCCGAUCCACGAUUUCACGUACCAGCCCCGAUCGAUGUCCUAUUAAGUUCAGGGUUCACACUCGCGGCGAUGUGUGUGGGACAAAUCAACCUGAUGCAGCCAGACGAGCCAGCACUGCAUCUGCAAAAAACGCGAUUCGAUUGGGUAAUCGGCGGGAGUCCAACUUCCCAAACCGUGGCAAACACGUUUCACACAUCCACGACGACGUUACAAGCAGACCUCGCGCGGUUUUGGGAAAUCGACGAAGGACCCUCGAUUCCACAUGUCUCAGAGGCAGAUCGACGAUGCGAAGAACACUUCCAAUCCCAUAUCAGACGCACCAGCGAAGGACGAUACAUAGUCGCUCUACCAUUCAACAACCAUCUCCAAUCACUCGGACCCUCCAAAACGCUGGAGUAUCUGGCAUUGGGACAUAUGACAAAGGUCAACUCAGNGUGAUAACGGAUACUAUUUACCACAUCAUGGCGUAAUCAAAGCGUCGAGUCAAACCACCAAACUCCGUGUAGUCUUCGACGGGUCGUGGG